GCGAACUAUGUCUUUGAUAAGUUUCUUGACUCUGGGGUUGUGUAGUAUACUGCAGUGAGGAUCUGCUCUAGCGGAGGAAAGAUCUGCAUUGGGAACUCCCUGCGAAGCGUGCUGCAACUUUCCACCAAUAAAACCGUCGAAUCUGCCGCUCACGUUUGGAGAGAGAGAGAGACGCUGAAGAGCUGAGGGAAAAAGAGAGAGAGAGGAUUGAGUGUGCAGCAGAAAAGCUUGUGUUCGUGUUCUAGGUUGAAUGCAGCGGCUCGAGGAAACGUAUCUGAUCCAGAAAGAGUGAAAGUUUGACGCAGAAACAUGAGAGAGUUUGUGUCGAGCUGCUGCUUGAUCCUGCUAUGUGUUUGCGGCUCCUCACAGUUGUCCUUGUCGCGGGAGGAGGCGAAUGAUUUCCUCCGCAGACACAGAAGAGCUUACCAGGUGUUUGAGGAGACCAAACAGGGUCAUUUGGAGCGGGAGUGUGUGGAGGAGAUGUGUUCCAAAGAGGAGGCGAGAGAAGUGUUCGAGAAUGACCCGGAGACGGAAUAUUUCUACCCAAAGUAUCUGGUUUGUAUGGAGAAGUUUGGUGACUCUGAGAAGAAGAAACAUGAUCUGAUCACCUGCGUCCACAAUAUUCCAGAUCAGUGCUCUCCCAACCCCUGUAAUCAUUUGGGUAUGGUGCGCUGUGAGGACAAGAAAGGCGAGUUCCUGUGUCAUUGUUUCACAGGAUGGACAGGAGUCAGAUGUGACAAAGAUGUAAACGAGUGCAUCAAACAAAACGGAAGAUGUGACCACGAAUGUAAUAACACUGUGGGUAGUUACCACUGCUCCUGUCGUCAUGGAUACAGACUGUCCGGUCACCACACGUGUCUGGAUGUGGACGAGUGUGUGGAAACUCCAGAUGUUUGUGGAACAGCGACAUGCUUGAACAUCAUUGGGAGCUACGACUGCCUGUGUGAGGAGGGAUAUGUGUACGACAACAACACCAAGAGCUGUGUAGAUGUGGACGAGUGCGAGUCGCAUGUGUGUGAGGAGGAGUGUGUAAACACGGCGGGCAGUUUCCGCUGCUACUGUGAUGGGCGUCAGGGGAAGAGGCUGGGGCCAGAUCAGAGGAACUGUGAGUCCAUUGAGUCAUAUCUGCCGCUGGAUAUGAGGAGAAACUCUCGAUCGCUGUAUCUGGGUCGCAUGUUCAGCGGAAUUCCUGUCGUCAGGCUGCGCUUCCGGCGCCGGGUUCAGACUGGGUGGGCAUCAAGUGGCGACCCAACACACUUCACAGCAGAGUUUGAUCUCAGGACUUUUGACCCGGAGGGCGUGAUCUUCUUCGCUGGUGGUCACCUGAACAGCUCGUGGAUUGUGCUAGUGAUGCAUCACGGGAAACUGGAGCUGCAGCUGAAGUAUGGAGCCGUGAGUCGAGUGACCAGCAGUGGAUCAGUGGUGAAUGACGGACAGUGGCAUAAGAUCUCAGUUGAGGAGCAAGGGCGGAGUCUCGUCAUAAAGAUUGACAGGGAGGCGGUGAUGAAGAUCGCAGUGAAUGGAGAUCUGUUCACACUGAAUAAAGGCAUGCAUGAGCUCAACCUGACAGUGGGCGGAGUUCCCUUCAGAGAGGAGGGGCUUGUCAGUAAGGUUAACCCUCGGUUAGACGGCUGUAUGAAGGAGUGGCGCUGGUUAACCGGUGAAGACACAUCAAUUCAGGAAACCAUUAGACACAAUGAGCGCAUGCAAUGCUACGCCAUUGAAGACCACAGCGCCUUCUACCCCGGACACGGGUUUGCCUUCUUCAAUCAGAGCCAUGGUGACAAUCAGACCCUCAGUAUUGAGCUGAAGGUGCGUGCUGCCUCCAGUAUGGGUGUUCUGUUCGCACUGGUUCGCCAGGACAGUGUCCCGUUUUCCAUCUCUCUCUCUGACUAUCAUCCAGUGACACUCGAGUGGACAGAGCACGUGCUGGUGUCGUUUGGUGAUGUGAUCGUGUCCAGUGUUGCAGUGAAUUUGUGUGAUUCAGACACACACACAGUCAAUGUGACCGUAUCUGGAAACAGCACAACACUGGAGGUGGACGGUCUGAUCAGUCAGAUGGAGUCUGUGGAGAAUCUGGAUGCUCUGGAUCUGUCCUCUUCAUACAGCACUUUUAUAGGAGGGAUUCCAGAUGUUUCUCUGGUUUCCACUCCAGUCUCAGCAUUCUUCACCGGCUGCAUGGAUGUGCGAGUUAACGGACAGCUGCUGGACGUGGAUGAUGCCCAACAUAAACACAACGACAUCCGCUCCCACUCCUGCCCCCUAGUGAGUGCACUACAAUAACACACGCUCACUUGCACCAGUCUGAGCCCAGAAACAAACUGCCAGCUGGACUUGCCAUGAAACUAAUGCAAAGUGCUUUUGAAUCAAAGGGAUGCUUAAUCUGGAUUCACAAAGGCCUUAACAAACCACAUCACUAAAACACACCACGUACAACCACAAAGCCCAAAUAUUAAUCUCAAUCCACACUCACAUCCAAAAGCACAACCCGAAGUGCAUACAUUCAUCACAUAGACACUGUAUCACGUAUAUUUAUGUAUUAUUCACUGACACAUAGAGAUUUACAUUAGAGGAAGAAAACACAAGCUACUGAGAACAAGUGUGUGCUGUAAUAUACUGUAUAUGUAAAUAUGUGACUGUAAAAUGCUUUUUAGACGAGAGAAAAUAAACAUCCAACUACCUUUAAUCCAGAAAUGAAGGCCUUUAGACACCAUCAGGCCUCUCGAUGUAGGUGCUUAAAAUCAUCCUUAAUUUUGUUCAGUAUUUUUUAGUUAAAAUAGUUUUUCUAGUUCCUUGUUUGUUUGUGUUCUUUUUUUUAAAUCGGUAAUGUACACUGAAAAGAUGUUUUGUAUUUCUUUCAUUUGCGCUCAGUGUGUGUCGAACCAGAGACUGAAAUGCUUAUUGAAAACAAAUAAAGACAUAUGUUAUUAUUA